GACACCGUGCACGAACUUGCACCCGAUUUCGGACAGGCCAAGGCCCCCAGCCCCUCCCCGUCUUACACACUCUUCUAUCCGCGUUUCUUCUUUCUCUCUCUCUCUCUCUUUCUCUUUCUCUCUUCUUCUCCCUUUUCUUUCUUUCUGUUCUUUCCCGUCUGUCUAUUUCUCUAUAGUUUUCCCUUCUUCUCGAUUAUUCUCCCCGCCUGUGUUUCUCUCUCUCUCUGCGUUUCUUCCUUUUUUCUCUCUCCGCCGUUUACUUUCGCGCACGCGGCGACGCACACGCGUAACCACCCCGCAUACGAAGGCGCGUGCAGACGCGAAGGUAGAGAGAGAGAAAGAUAGAGCCGGAGUCGUUCGUCCUUGUCGCGGCGGUGGUGCACACACACACGUACACGCGUCUACGUACGUGUACGCAGAGGUGCGCGCGCACGACCGACGGCCAGCGGAGCAGCAGGCGACGGAUAGACCAGCGGGGAAAGCGAAGUACGGUAAACCCCGGGGUACGAUCGUCGCGCUCGUCCUCUUCCUCGUCGGCUCUGCUUGUGCCGGUUGUCAAUUGUCGUCGAUGCGCGGAUGCCGCGUCGCGGUUCGCCGCCGGUCGCCGCCAGCGAUAACGCGCGCUACUGCCGUCGGCACCAGGUAGCGGUCGGCGCUGUGGCUCUACCCGUACGAAAAGGGGCAGAAAGGAGAAAAAGCCGCCCCGCACCGUCUCCGACCGCCGCCGCCGCCGGCGCAGUCGAUACCACCGGAGGGUGGGAGAAAGGGUCGACGGGACCACGAGGAGCUGAAGUGCGCCGCGAGCGCGACAGUCCCGCGCUCUCGGUACGACGACAGUGGUGGCACCCCCGGGUGGCAGAAGGUGAAGAAGGCGGGCGAGGAGCACCGCGCGGAGUGGUAUUAAGCGGCAGCACAGCGGCCCGAUGAAGCGGCGUAUGUGACAUCGGGUUUUCCUCUCUCUUGCCACCGUCGAGGAAGAAGAGACACCUCGCAGACAUCUUGCUGCCACCGUCCACGCCGUUGGUCCUCCAUUCGCUUGGAGGCCAGUGGAGCAGCGACGACGCCAGAGAAUAAUACGAGCUGUGGUAGCCUUGCGGAAACGUAACAGUAGUUGGCUUCGGCCAACGGAGGCGACAGAGAUAUCAUGGCGACGAUAGACGGCCGGCCGGCCCAAUAUGGUGUCACGCUUAAGCAACUCCGCGAGCUCAUGGAGCUCCGGGGGCGCGAAGGUGUCAACAAAAUCAAUAGCUACGGUGGUGUGCAGGAGAUUUGUAAAAAGCUAUAUACUUCACCCAGUGAAGGUCUCAGUGGGUCAGUAGCGGACAUACAACAUAGGCGAGAUACUUUUGGUUCCAAUAUGAUACCUCCAAAACCACCGAAAACAUUUUUACAGUUAGUAUGGGAAGCGUUGCAAGACGUCACGUUAAUCAUCCUAGAAGUAGCAGCAUUGGUUUCAUUAGGUCUUAGCUUUUAUCAUCCAGCUGAUGAUAAAGAAAAACCUUUAGUAGAUGAGGACGAAGCGAAGUAUGGUUGGAUUGAAGGACUCGCUAUAUUGAUUUCUGUAAUUGUGGUAGUCUUAGUGACGGCGUUUAAUGACUAUUCCAAGGAGAGGCAGUUUAGGGGUCUUCAAAGUCGGAUAGAAGGAGAGCACAAGUUCUCAGUUAUUCGGCAAGGAGAAGUGAAACAAAUCUCCGUGUCUGACAUUGUCGUUGGCGAUAUCUGUCAGAUAAAAUAUGGAGACCUGUUGCCUGCAGACGGUAUUCUUAUACAAAGCAACGAUCUCAAAGUGGAUGAAUCCAGUUUGACUGGAGAAUCAGAUCAUGUAAAGAAAGGGGAAAUGUUCGAUCCUAUGGUACUUUCAGGUACGCACGUGAUGGAGGGUUCCGGGAAAAUGUUAGUUACUGCAGUAGGUGUUAACUCCCAGGCGGGUAUUAUUUUUACUCUGCUGGGCGCUGCUGUUGAUGAACGCGAGCAGGCAAUCAAGAAAAUGAAGAAAGAGGCUAAAAAGCAGCGGAAGAAGAAGUCAUUACCAGGAGAAGAGACGGUAGAGAUUACCGGGAACAGUCAUGUCACCGGAGGCGGCGGCGGCGGCGGCGGUGGCGGCGGCGGUGGCGGUGGCGGUGGCGGCGGCGGCGGCGGCGGCGGCGGCGGCGGUGGUAAGCACGAGGGUGGCGAGAACCAUCACACGUCCGCACCCCCGAGCGCCGCGGAGAGUGGCAAGAAGGAGAAGAGUGUUCUGCAAGCCAAGCUAACUAAACUCGCCAUACAGAUCGGUUAUGCCGGCUCGACCAUCGCGGUACUUACUGUCGUCAUUCUAGUCAUACAGUUCUGUGUGACGACCUUCGUCAUCCAGGCCAAGCCGUGGCGAAACACGUACGCCGGUGAUCUGGUACGACAUCUGAUCAUCGGUGUCACGGUGCUCGUAGUCGCUGUACCCGAGGGUCUUCCUCUAGCCGUCACCCUGUCGCUCGCUUACUCCGUCAAGAAAAUGAUGAAGGACAACAAUCUGGUGCGCCACUUGGAUGCCUGCGAAACGAUGGGUAACGCCACCGCCAUUUGCUCGGACAAGACCGGCACCCUGACUACAAACCGCAUGACCGUAGUACAAUCGUACAUAUGCGAGAAGAUGAGCAAGACGACGCCGAACUUUUCGGACAUACCGAGCCAUAUCGGCGAGCUGAUUAUACAGGCCAUCUCCAUCAAUUCGGCGUACACGUCGCGAAUAAUGGAGUCGCAGGACCCUACCGAAUUGCCGAUGCAGGUCGGCAACAAAACCGAAUGUGCCUUACUUGGAUUCGUGUUAGCCCUGGGCAAGAAAUAUCAAACCGUGCGGGAUGACUACCCUGAGGAAACCUUUACGCGGGUGUAUACGUUUAAUAGCGUAAGAAAGAGCAUGUCCACCGUUAUUCCCAGGAAAGGUGGUGGAUACAGGCUCUUUACCAAGGGCGCUUCCGAGAUGAUCAUGAAGAAAUGUGCCUUUAUAUAUGGUCGCGAAGGUCAUCUGGAGACGUUUACCAGAGACAUGCAAGAGCGUCUGGUAAAAAACGUGAUCGAACCCAUGGCAUGCAACGGGCUGCGCACCAUCUCCAUCGCUUAUCGCGACUUUGUUCCUGGCAAGGCGGAGAUCAAUCAAGUUCACAUCGACAACGAGCCCAACUGGGACGACGAGGAUAAUCUAGUGAACAACCUCACCUGCCUGUGCAUCGUUGGUAUCGAGGAUCCGGUACGUGCCGAGGUACCGGACGCGAUCAGGAAAUGCCAAAAGGCCGGUAUCACCGUGCGCAUGGUGACGGGUGACAAUAUUAACACCGCGCGAUCCAUCGCGCUGAAAUGCGGCAUUCUGAAGCCGAGUGAGGACUUCCUCAUCCUGGAGGGCAAGGAGUUCAACCGUAGAGUCAGAGACAGCAACGGCGAGGUGCAGCAGCACCUGCUAGACAAAGUGUGGCCGAAACUGCGAGUAUUGGCCAGGUCGUCGCCCACCGACAAGUACACUUUAGUGAAGGGCAUUAUCGACAGCAAGGCGUCCGAAAGCCGCGAAGUCGUUGCAGUGACUGGCGAUGGCACGAACGACGGGCCGGCGUUGAAGAAAGCCGAUGUUGGUUUUGCGAUGGGGAUUGCUGGCACUGACGUCGCCAAGGAGGCGUCCGACAUUAUACUAACGGACGACAACUUCUCGUCGAUUGUGAAAGCGGUGAUGUGGGGCAGAAACGUCUACGACAGCAUCGCCAAGUUCCUGCAGUUCCAGCUAACCGUCAACGUAGUCGCCGUGAUUGUCGCCUUCAUCGGUGCUUGUGCCGUGCAGGACUCACCGCUCAAGGCAGUGCAGAUGUUGUGGGUAAACCUAAUCAUGGACACGUUAGCGUCCCUCGCCUUGGCCACCGAAUUGCCUACGCCCGAUCUACUCCUACGUAGACCAUACGGUCGCACAAAACCACUCAUUUCCAGGACAAUGAUGAAAAAUAUUCUCGGUCAGGCCUUUUAUCAGUUGACCAUAAUUUUCGCGCUUCUCUUCGCCGGUGACAUGAUGUUCGACAUCGACACAGGCCGCGGAGUGGCGGCGAAGGGGGGCGGGCCCACGCAACACUUCACCGUCAUCUUCAAUACGUUCGUCAUGAUGACUCUCUUCAACGAAUUCAAUGCCAGGAAAAUUCACGGUCAACGCAAUGUCUUCCAGGGAAUAACCACCAACCCCAUCUUCUAUUCGAUUUGGAUCGGCACGUGUUUCUCGCAAGUGAUCAUCAUACAAUACGGUAGAAUGGCAUUCAGCACCAAAGCGCUCACGUUAGACCAGUGGUUGUGGUGCCUGUUCUUCGGAUUCGGUACGCUAAUAUGGGGCCAAAUAGUUACGACUAUUCCUACACGCCGAAUUCCCAAAAUUCUUUCAUGGGGCCGCGGCCAGCCGGAUGAUAUCGGCGCGAUCAAUCUAGGAGAUGAGAAAUUCGACCCCGACUCGGAUAAAAAGCCGCGCGCAGGACAAAUUCUAUGGAUCCGUGGUCUUACACGGCUACAGACACAGAAAGAAACCCAACAAGACCACCGGAUUCAGCAGGUUCGGAUGGCAAGACCACAUGAGUCAUAUACGGUCCUUUUAACGUUAACUUUUAGGACUCUUUCUUUUUUUCAUCUUCUUUAUUUUCUACUUUUUACUUAUUUUCUUCUUAAACAGCGCACGCGACCAUUCGGCGUUUAUAUCUACGUCGAACAUGCGCGUGUGCCCAAUUAUACUAAUUAUAUUAUUAUCGUAUAUAUAUAUAUAGUAUAUCACCACUGUACAAAAAUUUAAUUAACUCAAAUUCACUACUAUUAUAUUAUUCUUAUUAUCAUAUACUACUAAUAUAUAUAUAUAUAUAUAUAUUAUAUAUAUAUUAUUAUUAUUACUACUACAACUACGACGAUGACAACAACAACAACAACAACAACAAUGAGCUGUUUCUGUUUUGACGUUACCUUGGUUUGCAUUUUCAUUUGAGUUCUACGGUAACCGUGCGAAGGAGCCGCGUUUUUCGUGUAUUUUUCCACCAUUUUCCUACCGCGAUCGAUCCAUAACAUCGACGAUGAUCGUGGGUAAUAAAAAACCGUGCUUCGACAACGAUUAAAAGGAUCUAAAUCGGUAUGUGGGCUGAUCAGUAUGUGGUUAAAGAGAUGAGAUAAUCUUGAGAGAGCGCGCGGAUGACGAUCGCUGAGGAGAGAGCGAAAAAUUCUCGCGAGGCACGAGAACGAUGUGUUACUCUCUCUCUCUCUCUCUCUCUUUCAGGGAUCUGGAUUACCUGACGUGUCUCUCUCUUUCUCUCUCUCCACUAAUUAGGUAUUAUAUGUGCACAGGUAUACAUGUACAAAUACAUAUACAUAUAUAUAGACAGGCAAAUUCUGCGCGUUAUUCUUCGUCAAUAAGAAGAAGAGAUUAGGUCCAAUCUGUAAAAUCAUCCUCUCAGAUAGGGAAAAUCUGCGGGACACGAUCGACCGGCCGAUCAGCCGCGCAAUAAAAAGUGCGAAGACGACCGAACGGAGAGAAACGACACAAGACGGUAACGCGAUAACGUUUCACCUGGACGACUCGACUAGCGUCGCUGAUCGCGCUUGCACGACUCUUCGACGAGAACGACGCACCGAUAGGCCGACGCACAUAGAGGACCUGUCGUAGUAGACUCACAGAUUUAUUGCUUGCUCUCUGCCCGUAUCUCCCCCGUACGCCGGAGAUGUAGGAGAGACAGUUGGUAGAGCAAUUGGGACCAAGUCUCAUUUACCACGGAGGUUUGUACGGGAAAUCAGCUGUGAUCAAAAUGUACGCAUAAAUGUGGACUAUUCUGAAAAAGAUAAAGAAUAAGAAUAAUUAUUUUUAUUUUAUUACUCUUCUUAAGAAGUUGAAAAGAAUUGCGCUGUUUUCGUCGGAAUACCCGAACGUAGAUUAAAAUAAGAUGUAAUUCUACGAACGAUUCAGAGGCUAUUUUGAUCUACUUUGUGAUUGAUUUCUCUUGCAAGUCGGACGGUAAAAUCAUCGCUUUGCCCCAAUUUCGCAGAUCACACGAUACUGACUCUCCCUCAGCUCUUAGAGAAGAUCGCGAGUGUCGUGACCAAUGCGUAGGGAGAAUCAACAGCAUCACGGUUUCUGAUUAAGACGAGUUUCGUCGAGAGUAUUACUGGUAUUACCUGUGUCGACGAGCUUUCGACCUGAGCACGUAUUAUAUACGUACGUAUAUGUAUAGUAUAUGAUAUAUAUACUACAUAUAUACACGUUCAUCCCGUACAGCUUGCAUCCACGUAGCUCUCCACAGACAGCCAGAACCAACUUAGCAGUGGUCCACGCAGUCCUCAGCCAAUCUUUCUCUCUCUUUCUCUCUCUGUCUCUUUCUCUUAUUCUCUCAUUCACUUUCUCUCUAUUUGUCUCUCUCUUCCCCAAUCUAACACCUUGCUCUACACCCAGUCCCCGAGAUUACAUGUCAGACGCUUUCAACGAUUUUCCCGAAACCCCAAAGUGUGUGCACCACUCUUCCCCGAGUCAGUCAUUUACGUUUCGCCGAUCGACGAACUCGGCUGUUCUUCACCGGAGAGAUUUGCUCUUCCGGAUUGUCGUAUAUUGUCUGUGAAGUACCGUUCUAGAUUUCCGAGCGACGUUAAACAAGAUAAUGUUAAAGCAACUUACGUACGUACAGCACGGUUCAACUUUCUUCGCUGAAACUUUGUCACUCCUCUUUUACGGAUGUCUUUACACAUUUGCUCAUUCACUGUUAAACGAGCGACUCUUACGUAACGUGAUAUUCGCGCGCGGAAACUCGUGUAAGUAGGUACUCCUCUCCUUGUACGUAAUGGUAUAUAAAUCCGCUUCUUACGAAACUCGUAAUUAGUCGACGAAACACUUUUAUUGUCACAAGAUCGACGCGUAAAAGAUUCAUCUACUAGCUAUUGUCCUUAGCGCGGCCUUAGCUGCUGCCGCUAUUCUUAUCGAUUUCACGUUGAAGCGGAAGACUCUACUGUCGCGAUUUAAAGUAGACGAUGCCGAAUGACAGUGCAUUUGUACGGAUCACGUUUCCUCUCGUUAAUGUCAAAUUGUGUAUCACAAAUUGUGUGUAUAUAAUAUUCAUAAAUGUACAUUUAUCAAGUCAUUUAAAAAAUCUUUGCGUAAUAUUCUGUAAGCUCUUUUACGAAAAUAAGUAUUUAAAAAUGUGAGAUUGAUUGAUUGUUCCACGAAUGAUACACGACUUGUUAAAAAAACGUGAUAAACUUUAAAUUCAUAUUUUCAAUGCGUAAAAAUACGCAAAGAUUUCUACGAUGACGUAACAUUUUGCACAACUAACUUCUUACAAUGAUCGCAAAUUCGGCACGUUGUUGCGAGACAGUUCCUUACGACGAGGAGAGAAAUUCAUUGUACCCUCAUGUUUGUACUUUCUCAUUGAGAAAUUCAUUGAUGUCAAUCGGCGAUCGUGCUCUAUGCGACGUUUAGCGCUCCUGGAUUAAUGUUAUUGCGAUCCGUUUCUCGUCGAAGAAUCCCUAAAACACCCGAUAACACUCUAUACGAUGAUUGCGCAGCGUAUUUUGCAGUAAUGUCAAAUAUCUGUCUAUCACUUUGCCUAUCAAUGUAGCGGCACGGACUGCAGCGUGACAAAAGAGAACGACACCGCGUUUGUCCGUUGCAGCUGCAUUGCAGCCGCGGUCACGGUGUGAUAAAUCUGAAAGCGAACGCACGAGUUGCACACAGCGUUGCGUACGACAGAUUCUAGUCCAGCUAGGAUUCGCGACGACACGUAUAUAUUAUUUCCUUUCUCUCUCUUUCUCUCUCUUUCUCUCUGUCUAUCGACCAAUUUUUUCUACUCUACAGCUACACUUCGUACUCUCUAUUAUUCACUUUGUAUUCUCUUUCCCUUUUUUCUCUGUAACUUUGUCUGUGUAUCGCACAGCCGUCGGUCGACUAAGUGUCCGGUCAGAGUCACGAGAAGCACACGUUUUCACGUUAAAAAGCUUAAACGAACUUGAAAGGAAAAAAAUUGAACAAACAGACAAUUAAGAAAGACAGAAACGAGAUGAAACAAGAAAAGAAAAUACAACACACGAAAUGUCACGUGAAGCUAAUGAUGUAAAACUGGAUGUGUCACCUACUUUCAGACGAGCAAUAGAACUCUGGUGCAGAAUGUAUCUGUGACAGGCAGAUCCCCUUCACAGGAUUACUACAUGGUUAGUCCGCAAGUCCACUAUCAUCCGCAAGUUUGAUCAUUGUUUGACCGUGUUGGAUAAUACAAUCUGAUUAACCGUUUCUCUCUAUAUUUAUCUAUACGUAUAUAUUUUUAUGGUUUUUUUCUCUUUCUCUCUAUCUCUAUCUCUCUCUCUCUCUCUCUCUCUCUCUCUUUCUCUGAUACAUUAUGAUUCUUUUGCGACAUUUCUCUGAUCGAUAUGUACUAUGUAUUAUGAUUUCCUACAAGCAGACCUUUUCAGUUUGCCUUUUGUGUUCUUUUUUGUUUUCUCUUUCUCUCUCUCUUUCUUUCUCUACCUACCUAUCUCUCUCGCCUUCUACUUACUACUACUUAUCUGUCUCUACACACUUCUCACAAUGUCUGCAUUCUGUUUAACAAGUAAGUGCUUGCGGACUGCGAGUUUCGAUUAAUAUUUUUUCGCCCGUGUGCUUAUUAUAUUUAUAUUAUAUUACAUGCGACACCCGUGUCUUUGUGGUUGAUUACAAAUUAUCCUCCACAAAACGUAAAACGAAAUCCAGCAGCCAGUAUAUAUACUUAUAUAUUGGCGUCGAGUAAUUUGCAUCGCCAUAAUUAUUGUCACUGCGGCAGCUAUUAUCGCUCCUGUUUUUCUUUCUUUUCUCCCCUCUUGUUUUUCCUUUUCUUUUUGAAUAUCACCACUGCACCUGCUCUUUCUCUCUGUGAUCCUGUGUUGCAACAUACGAUCGCACGUAUCCGAUCGUAUCGCUUCACAACUUGUCACAAUUUCCCCUCUAUCCUCUGUGUCUCCGUCAAGCGAGACGACUGAGCUAAUGGAGCGCAUGUUCGGCACACGCUGCCAAUUCACGUGUGAACAACCGACCGAUCGACCGAUCGACCACCCUCCCACGUGGUUGGACUUGAAGUUACGGUUGCUGUUGCUGCAGCCCGUGAGCCACACACUUGACGGCUUUGGCGUCGAUGGACAUCGUUUACGACCACGACCGUUUCUGGCUGCCCGUCGUACGCUUCUCUCCUAAUUAUCUCUCCACCGUGUUGUCUUUUGUUUUAUUUUAUUUCUCUUUGUCUCUCUUUCUCACCCUCUUUUCUUCUUUUCUCUUCUUUCUGCCUCUUCGUCCCUCUCCUCUUUCUUUUCCGUUAUUUUUCUCACUUAUCCCUCUAAGGUGUUGCAUGUACAUGUAUGUGUGCGUUUGGCGCGUUCGGAGGUGCUCGUCAGCCGGCUAAGCUGCAGGUCGAGCUGUUGCGAGCCGCGCAGCUUUCGGAGUGAUACGUGAUCAGAGAUGUAAUGGCGCUAAUUGCGGUGUGUGCUAAACCCGUUGUUCCUCGAUGCAACGCCGUCCCCAGAAAUGUUAGUUAAAGUUGACUGAGGUUUCGGCGAUUCCCUCAUUUUAAUUACGGUCCCAGUUCUAGGUUCCGGUCUCGCCUUCAGUUCCGGUUCCGAUCACGUUACUGUCUCUUCUGACAAAAAAAGGAAACGCAGGAUCAGCUGGACCCCAGUUAACGUUAACUGAUGUUCAGAGGAACGGCCCGCUAAACACAUUAGCCACAUAACACUCGACAAUUUCCUUUCAUUUUUCUCUUUUUUUCGAUCUAUGUCUCGCUUUCUUGUGUGAGCAUCGUUUUUCUUUUCACAUUUCCGGCAUACGACUCGCUUCGGUCGGCCGGACCUUUUUCACUUGACACGCGUACACGCGCGGUGUACACAUCGCUUCCCUUGUGCCUCCUAUUUUUGUUUCUUUUUUUUAUUCCUUUUUUGAUUACUGCAGUGUGAGCAUUGCUGUGAUGAUUAACAAGUGAUGUACGAUGUUAUUUACCGUACCGUUGUAUAUCGAUGUGCGCGCGUAUGACAUGUAUUUUAUUACUGUUGCGUUUAACGUGCACAGUGUGUAUGUAUAUAUGUAUAUUCAUAUAUAUUGCAUUGUGCGUUCUGUAUCGAUGCGAGAGCGACAACGCUCGGACACCAAAACGACAAGUUUUUGCCAAAUUUUACUUUUUUUUUCUACAUUCAUUCCGGGAGGACGCGCCUCACCGCGCGUUCCUCGAUUGCGUUUUGGCAGUUCGAACUUUUGAUAUUCCGAUUGUCGAGUCUCACACAACUUUCCCCGUCUCACACGAUUAUACCCUUCUCAACUACUUGAAUUUUCUUUUUCCCCGCUACUCGAAUUAUGAACGAAUAUGUCAAUCGUCGACAAUACGCGUAUCUCUUUCUCAAAAUUUAAAGCAGCACUCGAUUCCAUUCGACUCUCUCAAUCUGUAUUUACUUGGACGACUGGAGUCGACGGCGAAAUGCGGAUUUUAACUUCUUUUCUCGAUAAGAGUGUCACACACGGGAGCUGCAAAAUUUAGUAAAACAGUUUUGUUCCUCUUGUCAGUCAUCUGGGCCUCUUUGGACAUACAUUAACGUGUUUUGCGUUUAUUUAGCGUUUUAACUUAAUAUUUUUCACUGUUAGCUACAUUUGGAUACUAUUGGAAGGAGAAUAGACGUAAGAAUAAUGUUCAAUGAUGGUUUAUUCUAAAUAUUUAAAAGAUUUGCUGCUACUUGAGAUCGUUUUGCACCUUCCGUUCCGAAGAUUGUGUCUGAUUAAAUGGUGUCUUUUUUCACUCGUUAAUUCCUGGUAACAUCCAGUCGAAUCUCGAAUUGCUUGCAUGACACGACACUUGAAUGCGAUGAUGUGCGCACUUUGCCGUAUUCCAUGACUCCAGUCGCACUCGGUUUUCCUCCUUUGAUCUUUCACAGAACUCUCUCGGUUGAGAGAGAAAUUACCUCUGCUCUCUUUUUGCGCUAGGACGAUUUCAGUGUGACAAGCGAUGAAAAAGCGUGAAAAAGCGAGAGAGACCCACGCGUCACGUGUCAAUUUAUUCGUCGACACGUGUGUCAUGCACGCGUAGAAGGGAAAAGAAAAAAUCUAACACACACCUACGCAUACGCGCACACAUACACGUACACACAAAACAGGCACAAAACCACGGACAAAAGUAGAGAAAAUACGUAAAGAAAAUCAUGACACAGCGAACGCCGAUGCAAUCCGCGGCAAGAAAGAGCUUCUAAUUACGCGCACGCUGAAAAAGAAAAAAAAGCCACGAAAGGAAAAAGCAAAGUAGUGUUUUAUUAGCGAAGGUGAGAAAAGCGUGAACCGAGACUGAUGGUUAUAAUUUGUGGUUUGUUAGCCAGCGGAACCCAUUCGAGAGACUGAGGUAUAACGGGGCGGCAGUUUUGCCCGCCGCCACACUUAUCCUGUCGGAGUACAAACAAGUACGUAGCUCAUGUAGAUGAUCGCCUGCCGUACACUAUAAUACGUUUUGUUAUAAUCAUCAAGAAACUCGCCAGUACGCGUGUAUACGCAUAUAUAUUUAUACCUUACUAUAUAUCGUCAUACACGACGGAUCGUCGACGUACGUAACACGUGUGCGUGCACGAUGGAACGUCUCGCCGUCUUGAGCUCUGUUUUCUUUUUCUCUCUGUCUUUCUCUUUCUCUCCCUUUAUCUGAAUAUCGAGUAUCAUCAAAUGUUUGAUACGGCGCGAUUUCGUUGAGUUGGGACUCCCGUGCGGUGAGCGCGCGAAAAUUAUCUCCACGUCCACGUUUCUGCGACGAUCGGUGACGCGAGGGAAUAGCUUUCUGCGCGUUCGCCGGCAGCCAAACUCAUCGCGAUUCCAGCGCUUCCGAUCUCUGCUCUGGAUCGCUCUGGACCGAUCCUCGAAACUGUUAAUGACGACGGAGACUCCGACUCUGAUCGCUAUUGCUCGUGUAUAAUGACAAUGAUGACGAGAACGCGACGACGAGGACGACGGCGAGGAUCGUCGUGACGCUCUCUCGUCUCCCCGAGAAGUGUCGUCGCGCGUGUUUCGGUGCGAUGUCACGGCGGCGACGAUUCGAGAUGCACGGAUUACAAUACAUUGAACGAAGUGUUACCGUCACACUAAUGUGUUUUCUUUGUGUAGCUGGGGGGUGCGGGUCGUGGUCGGUGGGCCGCGAUAUUACCCGGCAGUACCACCGGCCCGUCCGUGCUUUCUCUUUCUCAGUAGCAUAGUGUCUGAGUGUGCUGUGUGUUUCCGUGCCCCCUCCCCCUGUUCCAUCUCCUCCAUUUGUCGCCCCUUCGUAUGCAAAAAUUCCAAUGUGGUCUGUGUCGGUGUUGGGGAUACCGAUACGUAAGCAAGUGCGUCGAAAACGUAUUUCACACGUACGUCUGUACUCUAUCGGGUAUUCUCUGCGCGAAUUUUGAUGUUGAUCUACAGGAUGUAACUUUGUGGAAUGCUUCCAAAAAUAUGAGGAAAGAAUAUAUUGACAUAUGCUAUUUUGCCCGAACGACUUUAAAGAGAGGUGAUAAUGCACGUGGAGAUACAGUCAAACUUCUCUAUUAUUUUAUCUUAAAUCUGUCGUUCUGGCGUUUCUAAUUGCGAGUCAAUUGGUAACUCUCCAUAGAUUUGGAUCUUAUUUGAAACCUUUAAUUAUUUCUAAAUAUAAGAUGGCAGAAAAAUAAAUUAGAAAAAUAAUAUUUGAGCUUUUUUAAAGUUGUCUCACUGAUCAUGAUGUCAGACGAAGAUUAUAAUGAUUCCAAAAUUGUCUUUAAAAUUGCAGAAAUUUUUAGAAAUAUAUGUGGACAUUUGGAUCGAUGCAGUCUUUGUCAUAUAAGAUAUAGAUUCUUUUUAUCAUAUUUUCAUAAAUGCAAGAUAUAUACAGCUUUGACAUUUCAUGUAGUUGCACCCUACAGACGCGCGUCACGCUUACACAUCUCCGAUGCCGAUUCUGAAACGCGUUUUGCCACAGUCGCGUUUCGUAUACGUGUUCCUUUAAGAUAUACUUUUUUUUUUGGUAGCAUCGCUCACUCGUUUGUCGAUUCUUCCAUUCUUGGAUAGAUUGUGCUAGAUCGCCAACUUUCAUCAGUGCGAAUAUAACAACAAAAGCUUGGUUUUUCCCUCAAAAAACAGAAAUUCUGCUUUUUCUGCUUCUACCGGUUCCCGUAUCUAUGGGGCCUUUUCAUGGUGCAGCGAAAGCGCCAGAAAACGGCUCGUACGUCGAUUUGGACUUUUUUCUAGGUCACAGGUCGAUGUCAUAGUAACCCUUGAAAACUGAGGUAACGUGUCAGUCGUAGAUCAAUAUCUCGAUGGUGUGUCUUGUUGUGACGUAAUAGGAAGGGUUGCAAACUUGAAUGAAUUAGUAUUGCUGCAUCGUGUGCACACUAUCGUCCUCACACGUGAUGAUGUCCUUAUCUUGGUUUUGCGGACACGAGUCGUCAGAUUAUCGAAGACCGUUGUACGAAUAAAUAAAUUUCUUUGAAAAUGAAUUUCGUUCGCGGCAGAUUUAAUCGAUCCAUCAAAAAAUUUAAUUAAUUAAUAAAUUCAAUUAUAUAUGUUUUAACUCCCUUUGCGCAUUUAUUUAUGAUGUAUUUAUUAUUCAUAUCCUACAUUUCUAUGUUUGGAAUUUGUUUAACAUUUUUCCUCGGUUAUGUGCAAAAUUUCUUUCAAAUUAAAUUCUAAGUCAAUAAAUGAAUUUAAAAUGACAAGGGUCUUCUUGUGGUCUAUAAUUUAAUACAUGCCUCCAUCGUAAGUUCAGGGUGUAUAAUUAAUUUUCACUUGAUCUCUCAUGAUUCGACGCAAACCUCGACACUCUCGAUGAUCGUUCGAAGCCUCUCGUUAAUGACCGAGUCGGCAAGCGAAUGAUGACGAGAAACAACUCUUCUGUGGAUGUGCUAAAUUAUAUCAAUAGUUAUGUUAAUAUGUUAAAAUAAAUGACAGAAAUUAAUAAGAGCGUUACCGUAAAAAUUUAAUAUAAGUUUUGAUAAAGAAAUGGAAAAUGUUUUACGUUUAAAUCAUUUCACAGAAGAGAAUAACCAUCGUCGCACCAGUUUGGAUAUCCCUAUUUCCUCUUUGUUAAUGUGCGAGUGUGUGUGUAUGUGUAUGUGUGUGCGUGUGUGUGUGGUGUGCACGGUUGGCCGAUUUGUGCAUCGAUUUUAUUUUCUGUUUGCCCGAGAUCUAACACCGCCGUUGUUUCGUACCGAGUGCCAAUUAGAGGGUUUAACACAUUACACCCUUUAUGAUCGGUGUUGUUGUGAAAGAAUCUUAUAUUGAUCGAGUAUUAAUUGUCGCGCGAUUGUCGGCAUGCAUCACUCGCGAUCACGAUCGCGAAGACUCGAGGAAAGAAGCUUUUUCGCGUUCCAACAUCGAAGACGUCAUAGCCAGAUCGAAACCGACUUCGAUUCAAAAUAGGAUGUAAAGAAAAGACAUUAACUACUUACAAUCUACUCUGCAACAAUCUAAUCUAUAAUUUCCUUGUGAGAUAAUGUGUCUUUUCUUACCUGUUUUGGACGAACGAAUGGAGCUCUCAAUCCAUUUACGGCUGACCUGGCGUUGACUACUAACUUUUUCUCUCUAGACGCUAGAAAGUCUUAAACACCAAUUCCCAGGGAGGCAACGAAAAGCUGUUUCAUCUAUACUCCGACUCUCUCCGAAUUUAGCAAAAGAACAUGUCUGAUCACAGCGUAUGGAACUUGACGUAGACGUAGAAGGCGUUAAGUGUUGAUGUCACACACGUACAAACAUACAAUUUUUGAACCGGCCACAUGCGUGACCUAGCCAUCUAGCAAAGACUAUACUUAGGAAGAACAACCGAUCCACCCUGUCUCUCUGUCACGAACAUGCAUUACGUUUUGUCUUCGUUAGUGCUCCUUUGCUUUAUUUACUCGUAUUAUACACCAACGUCACCAAUCACACUAUGUCUCUCUCUGUCUAAGCUUCUGUCUUACUCCUAUUAUACUCUGUUGACACUCCAAGCCGUAGAGGAGCGGUACGAGCGUGCGAAUGCUUCGGCAGACUCGCUCGCGAACGGUUCAGGACUGUUGCGGACCAUUCCUAAUUGGGUAACUAUUGCGGAUCUGUUUGAAUUUCGCGAUGGCAUCCCCCCGCAGCCGCGAAAUCCCGCUCGUUGUCUGUUGCGCUAAAACCAAUCGCAGAGCGAUCGCUAAUGAGGGGUAGUCAUCGAUUCGGUAACCCGUUUCGUUAAAAAUGUUGCUGUAAUUAAUUUAUCGAUGAAUAUCACUAUUCAUAGAAAUUUUUAAUUAUGUUACGAUCAAAACGAGAGAUUUCAAUAUGUUGUUAAAAAUAAAAUGCGGCUUAGUAUGGAUUUUGAUGGUGUAGAGGAAGAAUUAGUCAAUUCAAUGUUAAGUUGUGCAUUUUGCGAAUAACUUUGAUAAUUUUAAUAGAUUACGUAUUUCUUUGACCGAUAUAGUAAUGAAAUUUGGACCAGAAGUUAAAAUCGAUCUUUUAAGUAUUUUAGUAAGAAUCUCUGAUGACUAUUCCAUUUUCUCUAUUAUUCUAUUUUACUUAAACAACAUUUUUAUCACUGUGACUUAAAACGGUUGAAACGAAUCAGAUUUAAGAUUAAAACUUAACUAUGAUUGAGCUGUCCCUAACAUUAAUCGACAUUCUUCAAAUCAAAUAUUGGUGGUAAAUAAACGAAAACUAAUAGUGGUAAUUAUUGCUUUAGUCUCUUUGGUCUCAUUUGCAACAGCUGAAACAGUGCGUUAUAUCGAUCUAUUCCUCGUUCGCGAUCGCACUCCAGCCAAAUAUUUAGAUUGCAAGGGAUGAUGACGCGUCCUUAACUUCUUCGUCCAAAAGACGAAGGGAGGCUCUCCCGUCUGUGAAGACGUCCGCGCGUCGUCCGCAUUCGGUUGUGUUUGGUCCCCGUUCCGACGAUCACUUCACCACGAACCCAAAAUCGCCGUGUAGGUAGGUACGCAUAAAAGUGACGUAGAUUGCGCAUGUGAUUCCGGUAAUUGAAAAUCCGUAAUUUUAGCUUGCAUUAUUCGGUGGUACAGUGAAACUGCGAAAUGUCGAAUCCCGAAAUAUUACCUUUCGUACAUCCACAAGUUGUCACUCCUGUUUAGCUCACGAAUUCGGGUGAAAUGCAACCAAGUCGACAAGCGAAGAAACUCCACGUCACAGACGUAAAAAAAGAAAAAGGGGGAAAAAAGACAACAUUCGCGAUUCAAAAAAUAUUAAGAUAAAAACACGUAAAAGAAAAGCAUCUGUCUAAUCACGUAAAACACGAGACAAUAGCACUACAGGAACAACGACAAGACCAGAGUACGCCGACAUGGUGGACACACGAUAAAAGACCAGGGACACGCCAAUAUACACGUCCGCGCGA